ACGACGACUAUGCCUUCUCAAUCCAUGGGCCCUGGCAGGCGUAAAAGAUGGUCGCGUUUUUUUAUUCGCUCCGAGCCCCAACAAAGGUUGGGCGCUGCUCUGAAUAUAUUGCCAGAUCAAGCCCGGGCCUUCCCAUUAACCAAGAAAAGCAUGAAAACGAAAACUAAGCCGGUACCCUGUACAUAUCUCAGUGAUGACGACUCAAGCUUCAUUAUUGUUCACACAUUCAAGCCCUCGAGCCAACUCGAGGAUGAACCGACUCCAAGCCCUUCCUUCUCCCGGGAAUCUUCUGCUUUGAAGUCUUUUGGCAGCGGUUUCCUAGAUCCCUUCCGCCGGACCAACACAAACUCGUCGGAGACUUCACCGACUAUGGAGGAUUUUACGUCUGAUAUUGGGAUGUGUCUAGGAGUGGGUACGCGGAGCGAUGAUCGAAGGUUAGACAGCGGGGUUGCCUCCGAGUAUGGACACACGCGACUUUCGUGCACAGAAAGUCAAGACGAUCCCCGUGUUGGGCCCCACAGUCCGAAUGAUUUCCCCGCAGCCAUUUCAGUUUCGUCACCUCCUUCGUCAUUUCGGAUAGUGAAGCGCAAAGGGGCGAGACCGCCUACGCCACCUGCCCCAUGUCGUCAUUCUCCGUCAUGUCCUCUCUCACUUUCAUUGCCCCAAACGUGUGGCCCCUUGCAAAUUACACAUCACCUUAGCAAACUUAAGGACAAGGUUGACAUAGACUUGACGCUUUUUCCCCCUGACCGGCAACGAGAUUCAACUUGUUCUUCUCGGAUCAUAUCCUCCAUCCGCGACGAAGGUGGCCUUUCGCUUGUCACCCCCACGACACAACCUGUCACCGACAGUCCCGCUGUCCCUGUACCUUCUGAGCAAAUCAUGCGUAGUAUUUCUCUAUGUCCAACCGCUCUUCAUAACGACGUCACUGUAUCUCCCCCUCCUCCUCACACUACCACAAAACUUGUCAAGAGAAGGCCGAGUGUAGCAUCUUCCCACCGAGACCAUGAGAAGCAGAAGGCUCUGCCACCCAUCAGAGCCCAGUCACCGUUCAGAGUCAAUCUGCCUCAUGGUCAAAGCUCACCUAUCGGGAUCGCCAGCCAGCGUUUUCCUCCCGUUACGCGUCCUAGUGCACGUCCUGUGAGCAUUAGCACAGACGUUCUCGCUUCUCUCGCUUGGAUAGGUACUCCACCGUCUUUCUCUCCGACUUCGUCUUCUCCUCCACCCCCCUAUUCUUCCAACCAUCUCGUCUGUGACUUGGGCAUAUCCAUUCCGGUACACGAUGAAUCUUUAUCCGACGAUGUUCUCGUUGAAAGGCUAGAAAAGUUCAGAAAAGAAGCCAGUGCUUCCAAGCGUUCAUCUCGGUCCCGUCUGGUACAAGGUCCAAUUAGAACGAAUACAAUCACCUCUCAAGCAUCUUCCAACUCGAGCGAGGGCUCUUCAAGUUCUUUCAGUUGUUCCCUCCCUCCUCCAGUACCCUCGCUACCUCCGAUGUAUGUUUCUCCAAAAGGCUCAGGACCCGAAGCUUCCGAGGCUGGUCAUGAUGCUAAGCUUGAAGAUGAAGAUGAAGAGGACACCGACUCUGAAGACACAGCGAUAUGGUGUUCAGCCCGGAAAGCCUUGCUAUGCGUGCGGGAAAUCGUUAGGACAGAACGAUCAUACCAGGAUGCUCUGCGUACAUUGCUCCGCGGUGACACGCUCACACCACCGCCUGUGUCCAUGCUGACGCACAUCCCGCCACUCAUCCGUGCCAGCGAGAUCCUGCUCCACGGCAUGACAGAAGAUCCAUCUGCAUGGGGUGUAAGCACAGCAUUUAUGAGCAUAGAAGAUGAAGUUGAGGAUGCCUUGGUUGCGUGGAGCGCGGUUGCAGGCGAGUUCUUUGAAGAUCGUCGAGGUCACCGACUGUCGCGUGGUCCAUCAGGGAGCAAGAACGACCCAGAAGUACGGGAAAAGGAACGCGAAGGGAGGAAAGUGCUCAGGCGAUCGAUGCCACCUCCAGUGUCACGGCUGAGUGGCUCCCGGAGGAGCUUUGGUGGACGAAAGAGUCAAGAACAGCAUGAUCGACCCGUUGGUGAAUUGUCCUCGGUGCCUACUCUACCAGAGUUUAUGAAUGGUUUCGCUGGCUCUAAUCAGCAAUAUCUUGGAAUGCAACACCGCUGGAGCUCAUCCAACACUAGCACAUCGGAGGCCGAGUGUAAGUCAGAUCAGCCCCAAGAGAUGCCAUCGGUGAAGAAGCGCUAUGGAUCGACAGAACGAUUGGGAUCGAGGAAGGGAUCGAGUAAAGCACCGUCAUCUCAACCCGUCAGGAGGCCCAGUGUGAGGGAUUUGGCGAUUCAACCGACUCAGCGUGUAAUGCGAUAUGUUUUACUUUAUCGGGAUCUGCUAGAAAGCACGCCGCAGUUGUCACCGUCUCGUGCCCUAGUAGAACGGGCACUCGAAGCCGCCAAGCGUAUCGCAGAGAAAUGCGAUCAUGCGCAGGGUCACUCAGCUUUUCGAUACGGUGAUUCACCAAAUCUAGCGCGUCGCGGAAGCUAGUGGACCUGGUAUUCUAUCUUCUGUCAUUUUUCUCAACGCAAACGCCUACAUUCAGCAUGUCAUUCAAGGAUUACACUGGAAACACAUUCAGCAUGCUUCAUUACAUUCUACUCUGCUCAUUCUGCAUUCGCAUCACUUAUACAGGCUACCGUCGUCCAUUCGCCCUUUCAUCAACUUCACUUUCAACUAAAUUAUCUCAUCACUCGCUUCAUUCUUCAUAUAGUUGUACAUCUACGUAAUUUUCGUU